AUGGACAGAAUUGCCACCCAUAUUUUGGAUUUGGAUCCAAUUCUCGAUGGUCUUACUGAACCAGUCAACGACACUGAUUUAAUUGGUACUGUUUUUGGUAAAGAUGACGCCAAUGUAGUUUGGAGAACCAAAGGUGCUGUCUCUCCUGUUAAAAACCAAGUAAUUGUGCUUCAUGUUGGGCUUUUUCAUCGUAUAGCAAUGGAAGGAGCACACCAAAUUAAAUCAGGUCAAUUGAUUUCAUCAUUUUCUGAACAACAAUUGGUCGAUUGUUCAAAUAGAUUUGGUAAUAAUGGGUGUAGUGGUGGAUAUAUGGAUAAUGCAUUUAGAUAUAUAAUAUCGAGUGGAGGAAUUGUAUCAAAUGAAAGUUAUCCAUAUAUUAGUAGUACAACAUCAAGACAAUCAAUAACAUGUAAAUUUAACAAAACCAAUAUUGUAGCUAGUUUUGGAUCAACAUACCAUGGCGAAAAAUGA